AAGCAAAGCGAGCCGAGCCGAGCGUCACAUCUCGGGCGGGCAAGCCACCAGCCAGCCAGCCAGCCAGAGCCCACCGCUCUCCAGAUCUCCCGUUCCGAUCUCCUCGGCGUCGGCGGCGGCGGCGGCGGAUGGCUAGCCGGCGGGAGGGCCCCCUGAUGCGCGGCGGCGGCGGCGGCGGAGGAGGGCAACCGCUCUCGCGCGGGUCGCGCAUCGCGGCGGCGGUGGCCGUCGGCGUCGCGCUCGGCUGCGUGUGCGCGUUCCUCUACCCCGACGGGCUCCUGUCCCGCUCCUCCGAAGCCGCCCUCCACUGGCCUCGCCAGGCUGACUCAGUUGCCUGUGAGACUAAUGAGGGAGUCACCAACCUAAAAUCAAAGCUGGCAUCGUUGGAGAGGAGAAAUGCUGAAUUUAGGAAGCAGAUCAAUGAACUAACAAUGAAGCUUCAAUUAGCUGGGCAAGGAAAAGAUGAGGUUCAGUAUAAGGCUGGUCCUUUUGGUACUGUCAAGGCUCUUAGAACAAAUCCAACAGUUAUCCCCGAUGAAUCAAUAAAUCCCAGAUUAGCCAAGAUAUUGCAACAGGUUGCUAUAAAGAAAGAACUUAUUGUUGCAUUGGCAAACUCUAAUGUGAGAGAGAUGCUUGAGAUGUGGUUUACUAACAUCAAACGAGCUGGGAUUUCAAACUAUUUAGUUGUUGCGUUGGAUGACAGCACUGAAGCCUUUUGCAAGUUGAAAAAUGUUCCAUUUUAUAGGCGGGAUCCUGAUGAAGGCAUUGACAGCAUUGGAAAGGCAGGUGGAAACCAUGCGGUGUCUGGACUGAAGUUUCGCAUAUUGAGGGAAUUCUUGCAGCUUGGAUAUAGUGUGCUGCUAUCGGAUAUUGAUAUUAUUUUCUUCCAGAAUCCAUUUGAUCAUCUUUACAGAGAUUCUGACAUAGAGUCAAUGAGUGAUGGGCACGACAAUAGGACAGCUUAUGGUUUCAAUGAUGUAUUUGAUGAGCCCUCAAUGGGCUGGGCAAGAUAUGCACACACAAUGCGCAUAUGGGUUUAUAAUUCUGGAUUUUUCUUCAUAAGGCCAACAAUUCCUUGUAUUGAGCUUUUGGAUAGAGUAGCUGGUCGCCUUUCUCGUGAACCCAAAUCAUGGGACCAAGCUGUUUUCAAUGAGGAACUGUUCUUCCCCUCACAUCCUGGUUAUGAAGGUCUUCAUAUAUCCAAAAGAACCAUGGAUAUAUACCAAUUUAUGAACAGCAAAGUUCUAUUCAAGACUGUGAGGAAAGACGCCCAACUGCGAAAGUUGAAGCCAGUGAUUGUGCACUUGAAUUAUCAUCCUGAUAAAUCAGAUCGCAUGAAAGCAGUCAUUGAUUUUUACGCCAAUGGAAAACAUAAUGCACUUGAACAUUUCCCUGAUGGAUCAGAAUGAUAACUGAUUAACUGCGGUUGUCGUAGCACGGAAAUGGACUUUUUUUUCUUUUUUAUUUUUGGGUAUGUGUUGCUCUUGGAACACUGAAUGAAGACAAAGAUUACUAAUUUUUAUAAAAGAGCUCAUCACAUUUUGGAUCC